CUAUUUUGGGUUGUACAAAUCGAAAAGAUCGUGAGAAAGAGCUAGAGUUUUACCGCUUGCCUGCAGUAAUCACAAAUCAGGGUGAAGGCUGUGAAAAACUGAGCAAUGAACGGCGCCGAGUAUGGCUGGCAAAUAUCGGCCAGGACUUCGAAAAUAAGAAUCUACAGAAUGUCAGAGUCUGUUCUGCGCACUUUGUAAAUGGAAAGAAGUCGUAUCUCUAUGACAGUCUGUCACCCGACUGGGCCCCCACGCUGAAACUUGGUAAGAAACGGCAUGCAUCAGAAACUGGUUCAGAUAGGUAUGACAGAAUGUUAGACCGAAAGAGGCGAAAGUCUGAAAUAGAUGAAUCGGUUGCUGUUGCGGUCGAAGAAGAAAUAGCGAAUGACGGGUCACCUGAGGAGACUGGAAUGUAUUUCCAAACCGACAUCGACAAAGACCUUAUGGACGCUAUGCAGUCAGAGUUGCAGCAGUUACGCACAGAGAACACUGAUUUGAAAGAUAGGGUCAUGUCGUUGGAAACAAAGUUUUCCAUGGACUACUUUAGGGACAAUGAUGAGAAGGUCAAGCACCUCACAGGACUACAGACUUAUACAACCCUAGUGAUUCUCUACCAAUUUCUUGAACCAUAUCUCCCGACAAGUUUGAUUAUGAACAAGUUCAAGGUGAUGACCCUUACCCUAGUGAAAUUACGCUUAAACCUAUCAAACAUGUUCCUUGCCUACGAGUUUGAGACCAAUCAGUCAACCAUUUCGCGGUUACUGACAUCAACUAUUUCCGUUAUGUACAAACGUAUGAAAAAACUUAUUAAAUGGCCUGAACGUGAAACUUUACAGAAAACGAUGCCAAUGGAAUUUCGCAAGAACUUUGGAAGGAAAUGUGCUGUGAUUAUAGACUGUUUUGAAGUAAAUGUCGAGAAACCAACUGGACUGAGGGCUAGAGCGGAAACGUGGUCUUCUUACAAGCACCAUCAUACGAUUAAAUUUCUGAUCGGUAUAACACCACAGGGAACUGUUUCGUACAUAUCAGAUGCCUGGGGUGGGCGCGUAAGUGACAAGUACAUUACAGAACAUAGUGGAUUUUUAGAUAAAUUGCUACCAGGAGAUCUUGUUUUAGCUGACCGAGGGUUCGAUGUCAGCGACAGUGUUGGAUCUGUUUGCGCGCAAGUUAAAAUUCCAGCAUUUACGAAAGGGCGAGACCAGUUGUCACCACUUGAUGUAGAGGCCACUCGAAAACUGGCACAUUCAAGAAUUCAUGUGGAACGUGUCAUCGGAUCAGUACGACAAAAGUAUACAAUACUGAAUGGCUCUUUGCCAAUUAAUUUCUUGAUGAACAAAGACUCAAACGGGAAAACAGUCACUGAUAAACUGGUCACAGUGUGUUGUGGGCUUGUGAAUCUAUGUGAUUCUGUUAUUGACUGUAAUUGAACAGUGAACAGUAACUGUAUAAAGGUUAUUGUAAUGGUUUUUGUAAAAUCACUGUUAGUGUAUUCAGUAAACAACAUUUCAUGUUUAUAUGGGGAAGUUGUUGCUUACUUGUAGAGAAACCAUUAUAUGCUAUUGGUAGAACAUCUAUGACUAGUAUGAACAUCAAAAACACAUAUGUAUGAAUAUAUGAAUUUAAUCGGUAAAUAGGUGAGACUGAUGUAUAUAAAUAAUAAAGAAAACAUUUAUUUUUAUGUAUAAAACAAAAUGUUCAUACUUAGAAAACUAUUUACAUCUAUUUUACCAGCAGUCGUUGAAAAUGCUAUACAUUUACCAUUUCCAGUCAAAUAAGCACCAAUUAAAAUGCUCUUUCAGCUGUUAUACUUGAAAAUUGUUACUUAUAUUAGUGAAACAUCUAGACAACAGAUAUAUGAC